UGACGUGACAGCGCACUUCUUUCAUUUCCAGCUUUGCAAGACCUCCAUUUUCUUCGGGCCGACGCGUAGGAAAAGGGGAUUAAAGACGAAGAAAAAUGAAUGAAGAGUACGACGUUAUCGUGUUGGGAACCGGGCUGACGGAAUGCAUCCUGUCUGGGAUCAUGUCCGUGAAGGGGAAGAAGGUUCUGCACAUGGACAGGAACUCAUACUAUGGAGGGGAGAGUGCCUCCAUCACCCCUUUGGAGGAUUUGUUCAAGCGUUUCAGCCUUCCUGGCAGCCCUCCUGAGUCCAUGGGAAAGGGCCGCGACUGGAACGUGGACCUCAUUCCCAAAUUUCUAAUGGCUAACGGUCAGCUAGUCCGUAUGCUGCUGAUCACACAGGUGACGCGUUACCUGGACUUCAAAGUGAUUGAGGGCAGCUUCGUCUACAAAAAGGGCAGCAUCUACAAAGUGCCCUCCACUGAGACUGAAGCUCUGGCAUCCAGCCUCAUGGGACUUUUUGAGAAAAGACGAUUCAGGAAGUUUCUCGUGUUUGUUGCCAACUUUGAUGAAAAUGACCCAAAGACCUUGGAAGGAGUGGACCCAAAAAAGUCCACCAUGCGAGAUGUGUACAAAAAGUUUGACCUCGGGCAAGAUGUUGUUGACUUCACUGGCCACGCUCUUGCACUCUACCGCACAGAUGACUACCUGGAUCAGCCCUGCAUGGAGACAAUAAACAGGAUUAAGUUGUACAGCGAGUCUUUGGCGAGGUAUGGCAAGAGUCCAUAUCUGUACCCUCUCUAUGGCCUGGGAGAGCUGCCCCAAGGCUUCGCUAGAUUAAGUGCCAUUUAUGGAGGAACGUACAUGCUGAACAAGCCCAUUGAGGAUAUUAUUAUAGAGAACGGCAAAGUGGUGGGCGUCAAAUCUGAGGGAGAGAUCGCUCGUUGCAAGCAGCUGAUUUGCGACCCCAGCUAUGUCACAGACCGAGUCAACAAGGUGGGUCAGGUGAUCCGGGUCAUCUGCAUCAUGAGCCACCCCAUCAAGAACACCAGUGAUGCCAACUCCUGCCAGAUCAUCAUCCCUCAGAACCAGGUUAACAGGAAGCAUGAUAUCUAUGUGUGCAUGAUCUCUUACGCACACAACGUGGCAGCCCAGGGUAAAUACAUAGCCAUAGUCAGCACCACUGUGGAGACCAGCGACCCUGAGAAAGAGAUCAAACCAGCCCUGGACCUUUUGGAACCGGUUGAGCAGAAAAUUGUGAGCAUUAGUGACCAGUAUGCGCCAACCGAUUUGGGAUCUGACAGCCAGGUCUUUAUCUCUCGCUCCUAUGAUGCCACAACCCACUUUGAGACGACCUGCGACGAUAUCAAAGACAUCUACAAGCGAAUGACGGGCACAGAGUUUGACUUUGCUGAAAUGGAGCGCAAGAAAAACGACAUCUUCGGAGACGGUGCUGACCAGUAAACUAGCUCCAGCUGCUCUUGAAUAUCAGAUAUUCAGACGAUCAUAAUCUUAAGGUUAAAGAAAAAAGAAAAAAAUGGCAACCAAACUGGGCGAGCUGGCUAUCCAAGCAUAUGUUUUGCCCAAAAUGGAAUUUCAUGUAAACAGUUAUACAAAUUUAGCAUUUUUGGGGGAGAAGGGGAGAAGGUUCUGCCAGUCUGCUUUUUAUAAUCAGGAAGCGAGAUCCAUUUUGCACUGAUUGUUUAUCAACGGCCUGUAUUCAGUUUCCAUCAUGUGAUCUUUAUCUCAACCUGCUUAGACAUAAGAUGUAAAAAGCCCAAAGAUGCCAAAAAAGAUGUAUUCAAGUGAUAUGAAGAAAUACAUAUUUUUUUAAAUAUAUUUGUGUUUGCUGUAAAAAAAAAUAACCUUAAAGGGGAGGAGGAUCGGGUUUUGCAAAACUGCAAAAUGAUCUGUUUUGAGUUUGGCCAGGUUUAACAGCACAUGGUUUUAUUUUUAAAAGAAACAAUCUACUUCUAA